UGGCGGCGUGAGCGGCGGGACAUGUCUCUCUGGGUGGGCUCCCUCCUCGGCCGCGGCGCCGGUUCGGCCGCCCUGCUGGCUGGCAGGUGCCUCCUGCAGCCUGGGCCGAGCGGCGGCCUCCUGGGCGCGCUGUCCACCCGCGGUAAGGCCCGCGGCAACGAGUACCAGCCCAGCAACCUGAAACGCAAGCACAAGCACGGCUGGGUCCGGCGCCUGAGCACGCCGGCCGGGGUGCAGGUGCUGCUGCGCCGGAUGCUCAAGGGCCGCAAGUCGCUGAGCCACUGAGGGCCAGCCGGCGCGAGGACCCCCGAGCCGGCCUGCAGCCUGCGGGGACCCCCGAGCCGGCCUGCAGCCUGCGGGGACCCCCGAGCCCACCUGCAGCCCACGAGGACCCCCGAGCCGGCCUGCAGCCUGCGGGGACCCCUGGAGCCCACCUGCAGCCCACGAGGACCCCCGAGCCGGCCUGCAGCCUGCGGGGACCCCCGAGCCCACCUGCAGCCCACGAGGACCCCCGAGCCCACCUGCAGCCCACAGGGACCCUCGAGCCCGCCCUGCAGCCCACAGAGACCCCUGAGCCCACCUGCAGCCUGCGGGGACCCCCGAGCCCGCCUGCAGCCCGUGGGGACCCCCGAGCCCACCUGCAGCCCACGAGGACC